AUGAACUGGCUCAAGUCUACCCUUGCAAGUGUUGCGGGCACUCAGGAGCCCAUCUAUGGCCCCGAGGCCAUUCAGUCUGUUGCCCAACAAGCUCAGCAGACCCCUUAUACCGAGUUGACCAAGGACGACCUGCGGUGGCGCGCCUAUCAAUAUACCAAUGUUGAGACCGAGACCUUUUAUGUGAUGGCCGACAAUGGCACUCUCGUCAUGGUGCAGGUCAUCUACAGCAACAUCGCAGGAAUUCACACUACUGCGCAAUUCAACUCAAAGAUCUUUAACCUCAAAGGCGAUCAACCCCACAUCUGGCACUCCGAUCCCCUAUACAACUUCAUGUUCGAUGAGAACAUGCUCUCCUUCGGAGCCGACAAUCUCGCCUUAACGCUGAACGAGGAGGGAACUGCGUACACCAUCAAGUCCGCCGUCAACGAGGACAGCCUGGUGAAUCUGACGUUCACCCGCGCCGCCCCCGGUUUUGUCGUAGGAAAGGACGGCACAUCUUACUUCGGGACCGAUCCCGCGAACCCCUGGGGCUCCAUGAUGCAUGCCUUCUGGCCUCGGUGCCGUGUUGAGGGUACAAUCACAACAAAGGAGAAGACCUAUGACCUCACCGGUCGGGGAAUGUUCAUUCAUGCCAUCCAGGGCAUGAAGCCCCAUCACGCUGCUGCACGAUGGAACUUUGUCAACUUCCAGACCCCAUCAUACUCUGCCGUCAUGAUGGAAUACACAACACCCCCCUCGUACGGCUCGACGGUCGUCAAUGUCGGUGGCAUCGUCAAGGAUGACGAGAUUAUCUACGCCGGUGCAACGAACUCGGCUACCCACACCGCGUCGGCCCAUGACGCCGACAGCGACUGGCCUGCUCCAACUUCCAUCAAGUGGGUCUGGGAGGGCAAGUCGAAGGACGACAAGGACGUCCACGCAGAGCUCGAGGGGCCCCUCGGUGAUCGGCUGGACCGCGUCGAUGUCAUGGCUGAAGUACCAGGCUUCGUCAAGACCAUUGCGGGGAGUGUCGCUGGGACACGGCCGUACAUAUUCCAGUAUUCUCCCCAGGAGAAACUGUCUCUAAAGCUCAAGAUCGGCGACGAGGAGCUCUCAGAGGAGGGUUCCAUGUUCUCUGAGGCUACGUUCAUCUCGUGA